AUGAACGCAGAUACGUGCGUCUCAUACUGCGAUAUGACAUCGAUGGAUUCAUAUUAUAGUCCGUCUGCGCCAGCGAGGGAGCACCAAGGCAACCCAUUCAGGACUUUCCCCAGCACCGACACCAAGUACAGCCCCACGUACCUCUCCGGCGCCAAGGGCCCGGCGUACGGAGAGAAGUCCCGCAGCCCGUUCCAGUCGGAGUGCGUGUCUCUGGAUGGCGUCGAGGACGGUGCGUUCAAGUACCAGCUCUUCAUGCAGAGACCCGGCUGCAAGACGCCGCCAGAAGGAGGCAAGCUGCACACGGACAGCGCGCACAACGGCACGCUCAUGACCUGCUUCGGCAAAGACAGCAGUGGCCUGAGUGAGUCUGAGCUGACCCCCAGCGUGGAGGCGUCUGGGAUGGAGAGCAGCUACUUGACCCUGAAGGACUCCGUGAAGGGUCCCAGCGAGAGGCCCGGGUCAGACCUGUCCAGCCCUUUGGACAAGAGCGAAGCCGAGAGCAACAAGGGCAAGAAGCGCCGCAACCGCACCACCUUCACGAGCUACCAGCUGGAGGAGCUGGAGAAGGUGUUCCAGAAGACACACUACCCAGAUGUGUACGCACGAGAGCAGCUGGCUCUGAGGACCGACCUUACCGAGGCCCGCGUGCAGGUGUGGUUUCAGAAUCGCAGAGCCAAAUGGAGGAAGAGGGAGCGCUUUGGGCAGAUGCAGCAGGUCCGCACUCACUUCUCCACCGCCUACGAACUGCCUCUGCUCGCACGGCCUGACAACUACGCACAGGUAUCGGCUAACAGUUUUAGUAUCCAGAACCCAUCAUGGAUCAGCAGCACCAGCGCCGCCUCCCCCGUCCCCGGCUGCGUGGUCCCCUGCGACACCGUCACCUCCUGCAUGCCCCCGCACCCCCACGCCCCCGGCAGCGUGCCCGACUUCCUUGGCGUCCCGAGCCCCGGCGGCAGUCACAUGGGACAGACGCACAUGGGCAGCCUCUUCGGUGGGCCCGCCAUGACAGGGGGCCUCAACGGCUACGAUCUCAACGUGGACCCGGACCGCAAGUCUUCCAGUAUAGCGGCGCUGCGGAUGAAGGCCAAGGAGCACAGUGCUGCCAUCUCCUGGGCUUCAUGA